UGUUGGCGAGAAGCUGCAGCAUGAAGACGGACAGACGGCCUCUCCACCUGCAGACUCCCCCAGCACAGAGUCAAAGUGGGCGGUGGGAGCUCAGUGUCGGGCGGUGUGGUCGGGGGAUGGGCAGGUGUAUCGGGCAGUGGUGGUGUCUAUGGACGGCGAAUGCUGCAGAGUUCGUUUCGUUGGCUACGGCAAUGAGGAGGACAUGGAACUGAGCGCGCUCAGGAGUCCCGAUGCUGCACUGCAAGCACAGAGCUCACAGGACUGGAAGCCUGGCUCUCAGUGCCGGGCGGUGUAUUCAGAGGACGGUCUGGUUUAUCCUGCUGUGGUUCUUUGGGUCAAAGGUCAGCGCUGUCGCAUUCGCUACGAUGAGUACAACAAUGAGGAGGAGCUGGAUGUCAGCAGCCUGCUGAACUCUGACGAGCUCCAUGGACCCAGCAAAGCUGGCCCAGUUAAGGGCAGUGGCUGGAAGUCCACAGCAACUAGCCCUCAUUUUGACUGGAGGAGGAAGAGGAGGGAGGAGAACCAGGGAGAGCGAGGAGGAGAGAGGAGGUCAGCAUGGAGAGAAGAUCAGCAGAACUCCUCCUGGGUUAAAGACAAACCUGGUAAUCAGAGCAAAGUUGAGAAGGAAGCAGACGAGAGGAGGAGAGGAAACCAGCAGAGAAACGGAGCAGAGAAACCGACCAAUCACAGCUUCCCUCUCUUUCCUCCUUUGCCGCCUCCUCCUCCUUUUCAGUCAGGCUCAGGGGACCCUUUGCCCUUCUUCCCUCCUCUUCCUACAUGGAUGUCUGGUGGGAAAGAAUCCAGCACCCCUUCAGCUUCCGACGCCAUCUCCAGCAUACUGAUGCUGUGGUACAUGUGUGGUUUCCACACCGGCAGCUACCUGGCUCAGCAGCAGUUCAGGUCGACAUCCAAAGACUGAGAGCCAGAGAGAGUUCUGGGACGAGAAGCAGGCUGAGCGUCAUCUUUCAUUCACAGUGUACAUUUGUUUAGUAAAUUUUUAGAAUUGUUUUAUUUGUUCUUGGUUGAAUGUUCUCAUGGAAAAGCUCUGGUACUUGGAAGUAGUGCAGGAAGUGUUUUUGUUGUUCAGAGAGUUUGCAAUGGAAAUGUUUGGUUCUGUUGAGAGUUUCAGUGUCGCUGUUAGACAAUGAAAUGAGCAGUAUUUUGUUAUUAAACAGAAAGAUGGGUAACUUC